AUGGCUUCUAGCUCUGGUCUGACGCGCCGGAGAGGAGGCGGCGGCGCUGCCGGCAACGGCGAGGACGAGAGCAGCCGGGUCAGCUCGCCAGCACCCAAGCGCAACGACGACCGCACCCCCGAAACCUCCUACGAAAGCUCCGAGAAUGGCCACAAGAUCGCAUUCGACCCCCGGGACAUCAGCGAAAAUGCAGAGAGGAGCAAACAGCCCAAGCUGACGCUCAUGGAGGAAAUCAUCCUCAUGGGGCUGAAGGACAAACAGGGAUACCUGUCGUUCUGGAACGACAACAUCUCGUAUGCAUUGCGAGGCUGCAUUGUCAUAGAAUUGGCCUUCCGAGGCCGCGUGAGCAUGCAAAAGGACUCGAAUCGGCGACGGUUCCCCCUCGCAGACCGGGUCAUCGAGGUUAUUGACGACACGUUGACCGGAGAGGUUCUGCUGGACGAGGCCCUCAAGAUGAUGAAGUCGAGCGAGAAGAUGAGCGUCAACUCGUGGAUCGACCUCAUGAGCGGAGAGACGUGGAACCUCAUGAAGAUUGGCUACCAACUAAAACAAGUACGCGAACGACUAUGCAAAGGCCUCGUCGACAAGGGCAUCCUGCGCACCGAGAAGAAGAACUUCCUCCUGUUCGACAUGGCUACACAUCCCGUCGCAGACGGAGGCGCAAAGGAGGAGAUUCGACGCAGAGUCCGGAACGUCCUCACCAACCGCACCGUCGUCCUCCCCGGCAGCCAAUUCCUCCCCGAGGAGUUGGAAUUCAGAGUGCUCCGAACAAUCACCAUGGUCUGCGCCGCCUAUGCCGCCAACGUCCUCGAGAAUGCCCUGACAACGCUGGGUCACGAAGCGCGGGAACGGGCUUUUGCUCAAGUGGACGAGCUGCUGGCAGAAUAUUCGCAGUGGCCGUUUGCAAAGAGGCAGGGUGGCUCGCAGGGUGUGGGCGCAAACUUGGGUCAGCUCAUCACGGACGAAGUUAACGGUUCCAAGGAUAAGGAGCUCCAGCUUGAGGUUGUCGCAGCAUGCUUGAGUGUAUUCACUCGACUUGACUCACUGCUUUGA